UUCUAACCACUACAUUUUAAAAUUUUUUUUUUUUUCCAAUUUAUUUUAACGACUGAACCUUCUUGUUGUAAAGAAAGGUCACUUUUUAAAAGAGAAUAUUUUAAUAGUUGAUCAUACCAAAUUUUUUAAAAAUUUGUUCUUUCAAUAUGACUCAACAAGCUUGGACUAUUGCUGACUUGCCUCAUCGUAGCUGGAAAUUAAAAUAUUUACCAGACGAAUUUCGAGCUGAAGAUAUAAAAGAUGAAAGCCAUCCUUAUUACAGUCUAUUACAAGUUUUCGAUACAUUACGGGAUACAAGUUACACUACGGAUGAUAUUCCGGUGCUUUCCAUAUUGGAACCAAAAUUGAAACAGAUCGGCAAGAUCAUUGAUAAACUGAUCGACUUACCAGGACCAUACGUAAAAGGAAUUUUUGAUUUUACAGCCUUGUCAGCUUAUGUUCAUACCAUUAAUGAUUUAUGGUCAAAGAAGAAUCAAUUACUUUUAACUCCAAUAUGGAGAGAUGUAGGAUAUUCUUAUACUGAUUGUUUUGAUGAAGAUAUAAUUGAAAUUAAUGUUCUUACAACACUGUUUCAAACGAGAGUAAUAUUAGAUUGGUGGCUUGGAAAACCCCAAUUUGAUUUUUGGAUCGGCAUCAUUGACCUAAAUUUCGACACAUUUCCGACUCAAUUAGAAGCAUACGUUCAUUGGU